GCUGUCCUGCUAUAUCAUAUCGGCUUAAUAUAACUGAUUAUUAUCAAAUUGUCGUGCAGACACAAGAAAUAGAAGUUACAGGUUUGAAAGAGACUAUCAGUAUCACCUGUGAAGUUCCGAUUAUCGGUAUGCAUAAGCAAAUAUUACUAUCAUGUAAAAUGAGUCGAUAUGGAGGAUAUGAAUGGCAUCUUGAUGGAGAUAACUGUGAAGAAGAUACAUUGAAUCAUGUUACUGAAGAUAAAAUGAAAUCAUUAGCACUGGUUCCAAUCGGUAAACAGCUAGUUCUAUUCAUGCUUUAUGCCGUGUAUAAAGAGAAGGCAAUGGAUAUACCCAAAGGGAUUAAAAGAAUCAACUGGAUUGUACAUAAAAUUGAUGAAUUCUGUUCAGAAUUAGAAUCGUAUGAAUUUGAAGCUGCCUAUCAAGUAAUUGGUCAAUUAUUCGAUUUAUUGAUCAAAGAAAUUACCAAAAUUAAUUAUAUGCCUGUGAAGGCAGACUGGACUUUAAGUGCUGUACUAAAACUGUUACAUCGUUUCUCCGAAUAUCUGAAGGAUUAUCAUCAAGAUGUAAAAGAAUUCUUUCACAGAACACAUUAUCUUUAUGCUGUGCAUACUAUUGGUCGAAGAAAUGAAUAUAUUAAUAAUUCACAGAUGCUGUAUCAAGUGAUAGAUCCAAUGCCUCGUUCAUCAUUGCAUAUUGUCUGUACCACAGCAUUUCAGCAUACACGACCGUAUAGAAUCAAUGGUAAUCGUAUUGUAAGUGGUCCAUGUCUAGUGAGAACUAAAUUUAAACGUGAAAGUCAAAAUCAUUUCGAAAUUAUCUUUCAACCUGCUUAUUAUUCACCAUGGACUGUUCAUAAAUGUGGUUGGACAGAAUCAAGUUCACAUUAUGCUGAUUUAGUCCGUGGUAAUUCCAUAUGCAAAGCAAUACACGAUGAAAAGUAUUUAAGGUGUUCUUGUAGUCGCGAUGGUUUUAUUGCCUUAUAUCAGCGUGGUCUAUAUUCAGAUGGACGUAAAUCCGUUGAAAAUCUCCUGCCUCAAACUUAUGUAUAUCCAUUAGUCGUAACGACAUUAUUUGUAUGUUCAAUCUCUGUGAUUUCUACUGGAAUAACAUUAGCUCUGCCCGGCUUAACGUAUACUUAUGCAGGGAAAAAUAUGAGAGUUAGACAUAUUCAUAUGUGCUUAUGUCAUAAACUACAAUUAUUGACUUUUGCGUUUAUGGAUAUUUUAAUGAAGCUUAUUAGUAGUAUGUACGGUGAGGAUCAACAAUGUCAGGCGAUUGGACCUUUCCAGCACACGAUAAUAAUUACACGUUUUUUCAAAAAUACGCUAACAUUUGUUACAAUGACAUUGAUGGCACGGUAUCAUCGACAGUUUUCAUUCAUUCUAUUGACAACUUUACCUGCCUACAGUAAGUAA